AUGAUUGUAGAUGACUAUAAUGAAUUGUUAUGCCUGAUGUGUAAUGAGUUAUUUGAUGACACGGGUGAUAAAUUGCCAAGAAUGCUACCAGAAUGCGGACAUAGUGUGUGUUCAUAAUGCAUUUAAGAUAAAUUGUCUGCUAAUUAGCAGAUUAUUUGCCCUGAAGACUAAGAACCUUAAAAUAGAAAUGAACUUAUAUAGUUUCCUAAGAAUUUUUCGCUUAUAAGAAUGAUUCAAAAGAAGAAAAAAUUAUAAUCCUAAAUGAAGCAAUAGACAGGCUUAAUGAGUUCAACAACAGUUCAUACAGAAAACGAUAGAUAUUCUGAGAAUUUCACUCCAAUUAAAACAAUGACUAGCGAAGAAAGUGAUAGGAAUAGCAAUGUACAUAUAUCUUCAUUUGAUGAUAAGUCUUGUUAAGAUCACUUUAAAAAACUAGAUAUAGUUUGUGUUGACUGCAGAAUAAAAAUUUGUGCGAGCUGUGCUCUUUUUGGCAGGCAUAAAGGCCAUUUAGUUAGGAGCGAAGAGGAUGUUCUAAAGGAAAUUAGUACAAGGGCAGAAUAUUUAUUGUAAAUGUUUGAAAAUAUUGAAAAAAAGCAAUGCUAUUUGACUGAUGAAAAUCACAUUUAAACUGUGAAGGAUUAUUUGUAAUCUAAUUUAAAAAAUGUUUUGCAAGAAAUACAAAUAAAAUUUACAGAAAUCGAGAACAAACUCUAGCAGAAAAAAGAAGAGUCGAUCAAAGAAGUCAAAGAGAGGUUCUCUGAGAUGGAAAAAAAGUGCUUACACUUCUUAACUGAAGCACCAAAAGAUGCUAUUGAAAUGACAGAGAAAUGGAAAGUAGAUGCCAAAAAUAGGUUACUUGUUUUGUGUGAAUAGAAUAACACUGAAAACUAUUCAUUAGAUCUUAUGUUAGAUCAGAGAAUGGAAAAUUAAAAUGAUAUUAUUAAUCAAGGAUAGGAGUUAUUAAAGCUGAUUGAAUAAGCAAACUAAAAUCUAGAAAAGUAGCUAGAAGAAUUUUAAUUUGAAACAGUUUAUGUUGACUUUGCACAUAACUAUAGAACAUUCUUUGACAAAUUAAUAUCAGUCUCGUCAAGAUAAGAUAAUGAACUCUCUAAUCUAUUACAUACAAAAAAAUUUUUAUUUUAAAAGCCGUUUUCUUAGUCAGAAUUGUCUUUAGCAAGACAAUCAAUUGAUGUCUUUAAUGAAAAAAUUGAUAGAAAAGCCUCAGAUAAAGAAAAUGAAUUUAAGCUAAUUGAUGGUGAAUUACAUAGAGUUUCAGUUGGUGGUGGAGAUAUAUUAGAUUCUCCAUAAAUCAAGGGGAAAUAAAAAAUAGGAAAUGGAAAUGGGAAUGGAAACAAUGGUAGUCUAAACGGUCAUCAUUAUAGUAAUCGAAGCCAUGGUUAAAAUCAAAAUGGAUAAUCUGCUAAUUAACAGCAUACUAAUGCUAGUUAGUUCCAUUAACAAAAUAACUAAAAUGGAUUACAAACUAUUUCAAAUAAAAAAACUCAUAGUAUAUUUAAUAAUGAUUUGUUAGAUGACAAUUUGCUACUUAACAAUGAUGAUAUCAAUGAAUAGUUUAAUGAUUCGGUUUUAAUGAUGACAAAAUAAAGCUCUAAGUUUAAUUCUCCUAACUUUUUUAAUAAAGUAAAUGUGGAGGAGUUCAUGGUAACAAGCAGUUUAGGUAAAAGCCAUCUCAGCGAACCUCAACUUUUAGAAGGGAUAGAUUAAGAAUUAUUUGGAAAAAACAUUGAACUACCUAACAAUAUAGAUGUAUAAAUAAAAGACCACAAUGAUCUUCAUCUAACUGGAUCUGCUGCAUAAAAAUUAAUUAAUUAGGGAGAGUCAAUUUUGAAUAAAAUAUAAAUUGAUGCUUAGAAGGAAAGAAAUAGCGAUUAAAAGGCAAAGGGAUUAAAUGAAAAGUUUAUUUCCAUUUUAAAUGAAGUCAAUAAAGAUACAAUUGAAUAAGCUGAUUUCACUUAUGCAGAUAUGGGUGAUGAAGGAAUCUUAAAAAUAUGUGAGGCAUUAAAGCAAAACUAACACCUCAAAAGCUUGAAAUUAUAAAGAAACAAGAUUUCUGACAAAGGUGCUUAGUGCUUGAUUUAAAAUAUAAUAAAGAAUUCAAGCAAUAUAGCUACUCUUUAUUUAUAGGAUAACAUGAUUAGUGAUAAAUUUUUAGAUUUCGUACAUUAAAAAUUCCAAAAUGCUAACUCAAACCAAAAAAAGCUUGAAAAUAUAUAUUUAAAAAAUAACUUAUUAAAUGUGAAUAAAACUUAAAAAGUGAUUGAAGAGUUAAAAAAACUUUCAAUAAACAUCUACAUUUGA